AUGAUACUAUCCACUCUCGAUUCUUUGGAUUUAGUCUUGUUACCCGGCUACGCAAUUGUUGUGGUUGCUGGGCUGAUUGGAAAUUCCCUUAUUUUAACAGUUGUGAAGAAUAAGCGUUAUAUGCACACAACCACGAACUUUCUGCUCGCCAAUCUUGCUUUCGCAGACUUGUUAACCUUGUUAUGGUGUAUCCCUGGAGUCGCAUUACAAUAUUCUAGGCACCCAGACGGUAUUCUCGGUGACAUCUUUUGCAAAUUUAUUACCAUGAAUCAUCUGGCUGGAAUAUCGCUUCUUGUCGCCGGUCUUACGUUAACUUUAGUUUCUGUCGAGCGAUAUAACGCUCUCUUGAAUCCUCUGAAUGCCAGCGUAAGACUCAACAAAGAAAACGUGCGAUAUCCGGUCGUCAUCAUGUGGAUAUUUGGCUUCAUCUAUGUGUUGCCACUCUUUGUAGUUGAACGGUUUGACGAGGUACGCGGUCAAUGUGUGUUCCAUUGGCAAAAAGCAUCUUCUACUGUAUACUGGUCGUUACUUGCAAUGAUCGUAGUUAUUGCGUUUUUCGUUGUUUGCUUCUGCUAUUUCAAUAUCAUCAGAGGACUAUACUUUACAAAGAAAAUCUGCGCAGAAACCUCAACACUAUCUUCACAAGCCGCUGAAGAAAUCCAGGCAAAGAGAAAAAUUGCCAAACUUUCCAUUACCAUAACUAUUAUCUUUAUCGCCUGUUUUUUUCCUUAUGUUACGGCAACUGUCUUGGAUGCCUCGUUAAGAAGUUCAUUUUAUAGAAUUUCGUUCUUUUUGGUUUACUGUAGUUGCUGUGUAAAUCCUAUAUGUUACGCAUUUCAAAGCUCAAACUACACAACUGCUUUCAAGGAAACCAUUAAAAGAAAAUCCAGUACACAUCAAAAUGAGCAAGCAGUGUAG